AUGAAUGUUUUAAAUGGCUUUUUCAACAACGUGCAAAGCGAUAUUUUGCUAGACAAACUUUCAGAAUCCGGUGUCUCAACUAAAAUACAGAAAUUUAUUCAAUUUUUAAUCAACGAAAGAUUUAUAUAUACUGAAACAAACCAAGAUAUACCCAAAAGAAUAUACCAAGGGGUCCCACAAGGAGGAGUCCUGAGCCCCCUACUAUACCUUAUUUAUGUUACGGGAAUAGCUAAAAACUUGAAUGCCCAAGUGAAAAUACUACAGUUUGCUGACGACAUAGUACUCUACUUGAAAACGAACGAUCCCGAGUCGGACAGAACCAUUCUUCAAAAAGCGAUCGAAGAACUAGUCAACGACCUGAUUAAACUUGGACUCGAAGUCUCCCCAGAUAAAACUACAUUCGUCCAUUAUAACAAAAACAACGUCUAUCCAGGCGAGUCCGAAAUUCUAGUAGGUGAUCAAUUAAUUUCGUCAUGCGAGGCAGUUAAAUUCUUAGGCAUUUUUUUUGAUUUCCAAUUAACCUUCGACAAACAUAUUAAAUACGUGAUAGAAAAAACAAACAGGGCAAUGAACAUCAUCAAAUUCCUUAGAGGUAUUAAGUGGGGUGCUCAUCCAUCGACCCUACUAACUUUUUACAAAAGUUACGUAAGAGCGAUUAUUGAUUACGGCAGCUACAUUUACUUCCCCAUUCAAAAAGCUAAAAAAGAAAAAAUAGAAAGAGUACAAUUCUCAGCUAUUAGACUGGCUUUGGGUUUAAGAAACAGCACCCCUACCAAUGUAUUGCUCAGUGAAGCCAAAAUGAUCACUAUUUUCUACCGAACGAAAAUUCUCUGCAAAAAUUUUCUACUGAAAGUGCUAAGCAAUGAGAGGUCGAUUGCUCAUAAAGUAAUUCAAACUUGUGCCACUGAUAUUAUAAUGGAUAAAAGGAAAAAAGUGAACAUUUUAAAAGAAAGUAUAAAAACCACACUCAGUAUCGAGCAUCUAAUUUACAAAAGUACACUACCUCCCAUGUAUAGCUACGAAUAUAAAAUUUUGUAUAAGCCAAUAUCCGUUAAUAUUGAAAUAGGGGUAAUAUUCCAGAAUAAAGAUAAACCAAACCUCUUUUUUGAAGAGUACUAUGCCAACGAUGAUAGCCUUAAGAUUUACACAGACGCGAGCAAAACUGACGCUGGUCGUUCUGUAGGUAGUGCAUGCGUAUGUCCCGAGCUAAAUCUUGUAAUUACUGAAAGUAUUUACAAAGUGUCAUCUAUUUAUACUGCAGAAUGUAUUGCGAUAAGUCGUGCCAUGGACAUUGCCAUACAUAACAAGGAGCGCAAUGUUAAGAUUUUCUCGGACUCGCUGGGCGCCAUAUUAGCUUUAAGUAACCCAAAAAAUACCGUAAAAAGCAAUCAUUAUAUUUAUGAAAUUUUACAGAAAAAUGAUAAAUUCUCUAAGGGUAAUAAUAGCACAACGUUGACUGUUGUUUGGGUACCUGCACACAGAGGAAUCAUUGGUACCGAAAUGGCUGAUAAAGCAGCGAAAAAAGCAACUGAACUCCUACCGACGAUCAUACAAAUACCCCACACUGAUUACCGUGCGUUAUUUAAGAAAACAGCCGUAAAUUCAACAAAUAAACUGAUAAAAAACCAAGGGCUGACCAAAGGAGUAGAUUAUUUUAAAAAUUACUAUGAUGAUUCGAACACUUCUUGGUACAGUAACAAAGGAUACGAAAGAGAGUUUAUAACCUCUGUAUGCAGGUGCCGAAGCAAUCAUAUUAGCCUCAACGAAUCCCUAUUUCAAAUCAAUGUUAUUAGUGAUCCUAAAUGCGAAUGCGGCGCAGAUACUCAAGAUCUUAAUCACAUAGUUUGGCAAUGUCCACUAUUUGAUGAUACAAGAAUAUUACUACUGCGCUCUCUAUCCAAACUCAAUUUGUUUCCGCCAUUUGAUAUUAAAACCUUUUUAUAUAAACCCAAUGUCACCGUAAUGCGAUAUAUACUUAACUAUCUCCAAAAGUCUGGGAUCAAACCAUAG